AUGGUUGAUGAGAAUUUUCAUAAGUUUACCCUGCUAGCUUCAACUGAUGCUGAUUUCUAUGACACAACCAAGUAUUUAGCUAAGCAAGGGUCAACUAUAUUUCUGGCUAAAAACGAGAAUGAUGAUGGAAGCAUUUUUCCUACCCCUCGAUAUGUGGGAGUAUUUGUUACCUAUAACUGGCGUUGUAUGACAUCGAGGUGUGGAAGGUUAUACAAAGCAGCCGUUGGGACAUGGAAGGUACAAGAGUAUGUAAAAGUGGUGCCUUAG